AUGAAUCUUUUUGAAACUAUUGCCAAUCGUGAUCAUUUAUUUCCAUGCAUCAAUAAGGUUAAUUUAGAAGAAGGAACAGUUAUCAUCAAAUACAAAGAAAGAUAUUCUAUAAAUCGAAAUUUAUGGAUGGUAGAAAUCCAAUUUGGAGACAAACAAGCUAAGGGUUUGGUCAAAUUCACCCAAGAAUAUUCUGAAGAAGCACAUGGAAAAUGUUUUGAACUAGGUUUAGCACCCAAAUUAUGGGCAGUUAAUAACCUUCAACUAGGCUGGAAGAUUGUUAUCAUGGAAUAUCUGGAAGAAUAUAAAACACUAUAUGCUCUUGAUUCAAGAAUAUUUCCUCAAACAGAAAAUGCUGUUAGAAAUGCUGUAAAAUUACUUCAUGACUCUGAUUAUGUACAUGGAGAUCUUUGUGAUGAGAACAUCAUGGCUAAAUAUGAAAAUGGAGAA